GCAACCCUAUGCUGGCUCCACGUGCCGAAAUUAAAUGUCAAAUUAAUGUUUUGUUCCAUUCUAUACUCAAUUUUAUAUAGGCUCUUUUCUUAAAUUUUUUAGCGAUUAAAAAUAAUUAUGGCCAAAGCGAAGAAAAACAAAAAAACUUUAGCAGACAAAGUUUAUGCCAAAAAAAGCGAUGCAGCAGCUAAUACAAAUCCAUUUGCAACUGCAAGGCCAGCGACUUCGAAGAGAUUAAAUCCUUUCGAGAUGCAUAUAAACAGAGAAAAGUUCCAAAUUCUUGGACGGACUUCCAAGCACAGCAAAGGAUUACCAGGUGUGUCUCGAGCCAAAGCUGUUAAGAGACGUCAGGAAACGCUUGCGGUAGAGUAUCAAGCAAAGCAUAAAACGAAUAAAUUUCGAGAUCGUAGAAUAGGAAAACAUCAAAAUAGCGACCAACUUAGUGAAGAUGUAAUCAAUGCACGUUUUGUGGCCGCAAGAGUAGAGCAGCUUAACCAAAGUAAAUCUUCAAGAUUUAACCUUAACGACGAUGAAAUUUUGACACAUCGUGGUCAAACACUCGAGGAUAUUGAACAGUUUCGCGACGAGCGAUCCGAUGAUGAAGAUUUAGAUGAUGAGAAAGUGAAUGCUGAGUUCACUGAAGCCGCACACUUUGGAGGAGACGUUGCUCUGUCAAAGGACCGACAGGCUGCAAUCGAUGAAAUGAUUGCUGAGCAAAAGAAGCGUAAAAUGGAGAUAGCGAAAGAGAAAGAUGAAGUGCACACUUUAACUGAAAAAUUGGAUUCAAACUAUAAAGAUCUACUCGGACUUGUUGACAAAAUGUCAAAAAAAGAAAUGCUUAAAAAGCCCAAACCAGAUGAUUACGAUAAAACAUUGAAGGAAAUGAUUUUUGAACCUAGAGGUGUGGUUGCUGAUAAAUUAUUGUCAGAGGAAGAUUUAGCUAAGAAAGAAAAAGAACGGUUGGAAGAAUUGGAAAAAGAGCGCCUGAGACGAAUGCGUGGAGAUGAAGAAGUGGAAGUUGCAUCAAAUCAACCAAAUCACCGGUCAGCCGAUGCACUAGAUGAUGGAUAUUUCGGUUAUGCGGUGGAAGAGGAAGAUGAAAUUUUGGCAUACACUUUAGAUGGUGAAUUAGGAACGAAGUUAAUUGGAAAUGAAUCUAAAGAAUUGGAGCAGGAAUCCGUAGAGGUCGAUGAUAAUGAAGAAGAUGAAGAUGCGGAAGAAGAGGGUUCAGAAAGUGAUAUUAAUUCAAAUGCCGAAGAGGAUAAAGUAGAUAACUUAAGCGAUUUAAAACUUACUGAUUCUGAAUCUGAUGAGGCUGAAGUUGAAAAUGAACAAGGAACGACUGUAAGCAGUAACAAGAAAAAGAAAUCAAAAGCAAAUUUAGAAGAAUAUCCUGGUUUACCAUAUACAUUGGAUAUUCCAACAAAAUACAACGAUUUCAAUAAAUUGUUGCGCAAGCGUGCUCCCAAGGAGCAAGGUGUUGUAAUUGAGCGUCUUAUAAAAUGUAAUCAUCCAAAGUUGGAUGGUAUAAACAACAAAGAAAAGAUGGAAAAACUUUUUGCGUAUCUAUUGCAGUACGUAAAUGAAACUUUCACCGACGCCACUCCAAACGACAUAUCCACAAAAUUUAAAAUACUGGACAAGCUAAACCCGCAUAUGUACGACUUAGUUCACAUGAAUCCAGAAAAAAUGUCAAGUACGCUAUUGGAGGUUAUCAAGGAAAAAUAUACCAGUUAUCGUAAAAAUACUAAAUUAUUUCCAACACUUGAAACGCUUAUUUUUUUCAAACUUGUAUCUAAUUACUGCAGUACUUCAGAUUUCCGACAUGCUGUUGUAACACCAUGUUAUAUAUUCUUACAACACAUAUUGUCAAAGUCCCGGAUACGGUCACGACGGGAUAUCGCCGGUGGCCUAUUUUUAGUGACACUUACCCUUGAAUUCUCGCGGUUAUCGAAACGGAUUUUGCCAGCAGCACUUAACUUUUUACUUGGGAUCGUAUAUUUAAGUAUACCAAAGCGACCAGUAGAAGUAUUGAAAAUUGUACCACCUUUUCAGAGUGUUGGACCAAUGAGCAAACUGCUGGCAGUCACAGAAAUCAGUGAGAAGGAAACGUUAAUAGACGAGUUAUUGAAAUCUGAAGACUUAGUUUUGACCGCGUUUUCUUUAGACUUUAAGAUAAGAGCUUUAAAUACGGCGCUCAAAUUGAUAAGGGAUAUUAUCACAAAUAUAGAAGAACAUAUUGGCUCAAACUAUUUUGCUGCACCCUUUUUGCAUUUACUCGAACGUCUUCCGGUAGAUAUUUACCCUGAAUUUGUGUGUGGAAAUUUUAAGGCGGCAAAGAUUGCUUUAGAACGUGUUUCUAAGAAAAAAUUAAUUAAGAUUGUGCCUCCAGAAAAGAAACCAAAAGCGCUGCGCCUACUUGAGCCGCGAAUCGAAGUAAUUUACGACGAUAAGCGGAGACCGCGUUUAACGAAAGAAAAGGAGGAGCGGGCUAAGUUAGUACACAAAAUACGACGUGAAACUAAAGGUGCUAUACGAGAGAUACGCAGAGAUACUGAGUUCUUGCAAAAUAUUCGAAUACAAAAACAAAUCCAAAGUGAUAUGGAGCGCAAAGAAAAAGUCAAGCGCAUCUAUCAAGAAGCCUCUGCCCAGCAAGGUGAACUUAAUGAGCUGGAACGUAUUAAGAAGCGGAAAAAGUUUUAGUGAUACUAUGUAGACUUUUAAUUAUUUAAAUUAGUUUAUAUUGAUUAAAAAGAUAAGCAAGAAAAUAUAGACUAAAUUAAUCAAAACAUAUUAAGUAUAAUAUACGUGGACAUACAAAUUAUGCACAUAAACGCACAUUUAAAACUGUUCGGUCCAUCGUAAACAAAAUAUUUAUUGAGAGACAUGCAUUUCUACUGAGUCACUAAAAAACAACGAGCAAA